AUGUCUCACACCCACCGCUACCACGUCAAGUACCCGUCCCGCGGCACCCUCGCUCCCAUCGGCAUACCAAACCACAGAAACGCCUUCGCCGUAUAUCUUCUCUGGGCGCGCCAGCGAUACUACCGAAUGCACGACGCGAUGCACCACGAGGCCUCGUCGUCAGCUGCGUGCACGCGCAGCUCUGACGAUGCGGUUGACGUGCAUGUCGGCGGAGAUGCUCCGAACUCUCUGCCCAGCCUACAGUUCGAUGCGGCAAGGCUCAAUACCGAUCUGCUGGGAAUAGGCUCGGGACUUGACGGCAGCGUUGACGCAUCGGAGCUUAUGUACCCCCGUGAGAUCGACUUCAUUGGGUGA